AUGGCAGUAUCGCAGACUUCAAUAGCGAUGGUGCCGUCGAGGUGCACAUCAGAGACGCACAUGGCGCGGGCGACGGUCGCGGUCGAGAUCUCUGGCUACAGCCGUGUCAAGGGCCUCGGUAGAGGCGAAUGUCUCCAUUCUCCGGUAUUCUCCAUCGGCAGCUACGAAUGGUGCAUCUGCUACUACCCUGACGGCUACGACGAGGCGAAUGAAGGUUACGUAUACGUCUUCCUCGAGCUCUUGACCAAGAACGCCGAGGCGAGGGUGCUCCACAAGUGGAUGCUUGUGAAUCGGUUUAGUGGGCGGUCGAUUGUGGUGCACUCCAGCAAAGCGCCACGAGCGUUCGACCAUGAGUUUCCAGCUUGGGGCGUAGGAAAGUUCAUGAAGACAACCGCUGAAGUAGAGUCAGUGUACGUGCGGAAUGAUUGUCUCGUGAUUGAGUGCGAACUCAGUGUUAUCAAGGAAACACUCGAUAUCCAUGUGCCACCCUCUGACCUGUUGGAUAAUCUUGCAACCUUGCUAGAGGGGAAGAUAGGAGCAGACGUGACUUUCAAGGUUCAAGGGGAGGUCUUUUCCGCUCAUAAGAUUUUGCUUGCGAUGCGAUCGGCGGUCUUCAAUGCGGAGUUCUAUGGUCCGAUGGGGGACAAAGGUGUACAGGACAUAAUUAUUAACAACAUGCAGCCUGCUGUUUUCAAGGCAUUUCUUCACUUCAUCUACACUGAUUCAAUGCCUUCCAUGGACGAUCUUGAUGAUGAUGACAAAAGAGAAAUGGUCAAGCACUUACUCGUGGCUGCAGAUAAGUAUGCAAUGGAAAGGAUGAAGAGGAUAUGUGAAGGGAUGCUAUGCAAGAGUCUUGAUGUUGAGACUGUGGCGACCAUAUUAGCUCUAGCUGACCAGCACCAUUGCAACAACCUCAAAGAUGCUUGCAUUGAAUUUAUGCUCUCUUCGAAUAGAAUGGAUGAUGUGAUCGCAAGCCAAGGGUAUGCACACCUCAAAAGAUCUUGUCCUGAUCUCAUUGUAGAUGUGUUUGAAAGAACAGUGAAGUCCCGCAAAAUUUAG